GGUCGGCCCUUUUUUUCGAAUUGCCAAAAUAUUCAGUAAGGAAUUUCAAGUCAAUUUUUUUAGCUAUAUUUUUAAUGCUUUUCAACGAAAGCAAAACGAGAAAAUUCAAGUUAUUUUUACACUUUAACCAAACUGUUGCAUAAAAUGGACGGUCAGGAAGAAAAAACGAUUCAUUGCCCCUGCGAAAAGAGCUCCUGCCCAGAAAAGGAUGAUUCAAUGGAUCGUCAGCAGAUGAUGCUAUCGCAUCCAGAACUCUGGAAUCAGCGGAAAACAGAUGCCAGCUUGAGGGUCUUCACCACGGUGAUGUUGCACACGUGGCGUCAACGGCGAAAGGAGGUUCGCGAACUCCAGGAGGUGGUUCAGCGUCUUCAAAGCAGUUCCAUGAAGUCCAAGAACGAACUGCACGUUUAUGGCACUUUGAUGCGAGUGGAGCAAAAAAGGAACCGGGAACUGCAAAUGCAGCUAAAGGAAUCCGAGAUGAGUAUCGACCAGGUGCGAUCCUCCUGCGAAUCACUCGCCUCCUCUGUCCGUAACCUCACAACUGAGAAAAUCCAGUUGCAAUCGGAUCUGGAACAACGCUCACAGAAGUACGCUGAGCUGGAAGAAAUGUCGGGCCGAACCCAGAAGUUGCUGUCCACCGCCCACAUGGAGCAAUCCAACCUGCAAAAACACCUGACGUAUGAGCAGCGAACCAGCAAUCAACUGCAGCAAGAUAUUAAAACGCUCAUCAAGGAAAUUGUCCUGGGACAGAGCAGGGAGGCCAGGUACCACCAGAUGAGGGACUGGUACCACCGCAAACUGGUUCAGAAGGAGGAAAAAAUUCGGAAUCAGAGGGGGUACAUCACCACACUGGAGGAGAGACUGCUAGCCAUCAAAGAGCAAACUGGUGAACUGGAACAACUGCGUGAAAGUGCAGUACGCAUGACGGCCCAAAUCACAGAAUUGCGCCAGGAACUAAGCCAAUCCCGCACCAGUUUCUUUAGAGUCCUCGGGGAGUCCAGUAGCCGCCUAAGUCUCAGACGCCUCCAUAACCAUGUGGUCGCCCCCUUCCAGGGAAACCAAAUGUGGGUCAAGAUUCGCCGAUACUCCUCUAACGUGAUGUGUAUGUUCUGUUUGUACCUGUUGCCCGGAAUGCCAGUGACCCGCCACAGCCAGAAGUAGUUUUUACGAAAGUAAACAAAAUUAAAAUUAACAUUAUAAAUAAAUGCUUGGUACAUUUCUCAUAUGAAUAUUUUAACG